UCUCUCUCUCUCUCUCUCUCUCUCCUCAUAAAUUUCUCACCCAGCCUUCACACUUCGUUUCCUGUCUCUCUUUCUCUCUGUUUCGUUUGGCAUUUAUUCUGGCUCGUUCUGUUCAUUUCCCUUCUGGGAUUCUUUCGGAAAUGAAGCUCAUCCCCUUCCUUCCAUGGCCGAACCUCCUCCUCCUCCACAUGGCCCUCCUCAUCCUCCUCUUCUCAUUUUCUUCUCCCCUGUUUCAUUCUUCCAUGGCUUCUUCACUUCCUCAGGAUGAAGGACGAGCUCUAAUGUCGAUCAAAGCCUCGUUUAGCAAUGUAGCUAAUGUGUUGCUCGAUUGGGAUGAUGAUCAUAACAACGAUUUCUGUUCAUGGCGUGGGGUUUUCUGCGACAAUCUUAGUCUUUCGGUUGCUGCUCUGAACUUGUCCAACUUGAAUCUGGGUGGGGAGAUUUCACCAGCCAUCGGAGAUUUAAGAAACUUACAGUCAAUUGAUUUUCAAGGAAACAAACUGACGGGACAAAUCCCUGAUGAGAUUGGUAACUGCGGUCUUCUUGUUCAUUUGGAUUUAUCUGAUAAUUUGCUCUAUGGGGACGUCCCCUUCACUGUUUCCAAGCUGAAGCUGCUUGAGUUCUUGAAUCUGAAGAACAAUCAGUUGACUGGCCCAAUCCCUUCUACUCUUACUCAGAUUCCUAAUCUGAAAACUCUUGAUCUUGCACGAAACCAGCUUACUGGAGAGAUCCCUAGGCUAAUCUAUUGGAAUGAAGUACUGCAAUAUCUCGGGUUACGAGGGAACUUCUUGACGGGGUCGCUGUCGUCCGAUAUGUGUCAGCUGACUGGCUUGUGGUACUUUGAUGUAAGGGGCAACAAUCUGACUGGCACUAUACCUGAUAGUAUAGGGAACUGUACAAGUUUUGAAAUUCUGGAUAUAUCCUACAACCAGAUCUCAGGGGAGAUUCCCUACAACAUUGGAUUUCUUCAAGUAGCCACUUUAUCAUUGCAGGGAAACAGGUUGACUGGUAAGAUUCCCAAUGUCAUUGGAUUGAUGCAGGCCCUUGCUGUCCUGGAUUUGAGUGAGAAUGAGCUUGAAGGGCCAAUUCCCCCAAUAUUUGGCAACUUAUCCUACACAGGGAAAUUAUACCUACACGGAAACAAGUUGACCGGGCCAAUACCCCCCGAGCUCGGCAAUAUGUCAAAGCUUAGCUACCUGCAACUAAAUGAUAAUCAACUAACAGGAACAAUUCCAUUUGAACUUGGAAAAUUGGAUCAAUUGUUUGAAUUGAAUCUAGCUAACAAUUACCUUGAAGGACCCAUUCCUCACAACAUCAGUUCUUGCACUGCACUGAAUCAAUUUAAUGUACAUGGUAACCGUCUCAACGGAUCGAUCCCUCUCGGCUUCCAAGAACUGGAGAGCUUAACCUAUUUGAAUCUCUCAGCUAAUAACUUCAAAGGCAGGAUUCCAGUUGAGCUGGGACGCAUAGUUAACCUUGAUACAUUGGAUCUAUCUCGAAACUACUUCUCGGGUCCAGUUCCUGCGUCUGUUGGUGAUUUGGAACACCUUCUUAUCCUAAAUUUGAGUGCCAAUCGACUCGUUGGGCCAGUACCUGCAGAAUUUGGGAAUCUUCGAAGUGUUCAGACUAUUGAUAUGUCAUUCAACAACUUCUCUGGUAGCAUUCCCAUGGAGUUGGGUCAGCUGCAAAACAUUGUCUCCCUAAUUUUGAACAACAAUCAUUUGCAAGGGAAGAUACCCGAUCAGCUGACAAAUUGUUUUAGUCUUACCAAUUUGAACUUGUCAUACAAUAAUCUAUCUGGUAUCUUACCUCCCAUGAAGAACUUUUCUCGAUUCCAACCUGAUAGCUUUAUUGGGAAUCCUCUGCUGUGUGGAAAUUGGCUGGGAUUGAUCUGUGGACCUUAUAUGGGAAAACCUCCAGUAAUGUUGUCUCGGACAGCGGUUGUUUGUAUGACGUUUGGAUUCGUUAUAUUGUUGUCGGUAGUUAUAAUUGCUGUGUGUAAGUCGAAUCCGUCGAAGCAAUUGAUGAAAGGUUCUAGCAAGACCGGGCAAGGUCCUCCAAUUGUGGUACUUCAUAUGGAUAUGGCUAUUCACACGUUCGACGACAUUAUGAGAACGACCGAGAAUCUAAGCGAGAAAUACAUUAUUGGCUAUGGAGCUUCGAGCACUGUGUACAAAUGUUCACUGAAGAAUUCCCGACCUAUUGCAAUUAAGCGACUUUACAAUCACUACGCUCACAAUUUACGGGAGUUUGAGACCGAACUCGAAACCAUUGGUAGUAUCAGACAUAGAAAUCUUGUUGUACUUCAUGGUUAUUCAUUAUCUCCCUGUGGGAAUCUCCUUUUCUAUGACUACAUGGAAAAUGGUUCACUUUGGGAUCUGCUUCAUGGGCCAGGUAAGAAGGUUAAACUGGAUUGGGAAGCACGGUUGAAGAUAGCAGUCGGAGCUGCACAAGGGCUUGCAUAUCUUCACCACGACUGCAACCCGCGAAUCAUUCACCGGGACGUCAAGUCUUCGAAUAUUCUACUGGAUGAAAACUUUGAGGCUCAUCUUUCUGAUUUUGGGAUUGCCAAAUGUAUCCCAACUGCCAAAACACAUGCCUCGACGUAUGUGCUUGGAACAAUUGGCUAUAUUGAUCCGGAGUAUGCUAGGACCUCUCGGCUGAACGAAAAAUCCGAUGUUUAUAGCUUUGGCAUUGUUCUUCUAGAACUACUGACUGGAAAGAAAGCUGUGGAUAAUGAGUCAAAUUUGCAUCAACUGAUAUUGUCAAAGACUGAUAACAAUACUGUGAUGGAAGCUGUUGAUCCUGAAGUUUCAGUCACCUGUAUGGAUUCAGCUCAUGUCCGGAAAACGUUCCAGCUUGCUCUCCUUUGCACAAAACACAAUCAAGCCGAACGACCAACAAUGCACGAAGUUGCACGAGUUUUGAUCUCCCUCCAGCAACCACCUGCAUUGAAACAAACUCCAUUCCCUACCAAAACAUUGGAUUACGCACAAUUCGUGAUCGAUAAGGGUCAGAAUCAAAAUGCAAAAGGACAGGAGGAGGAGGAGGAGCAGAAAUCCGACGUGGAUUCAUCGGAUGCUCGGUGGUUUGUUCGGUUUGGGGAAGUUAUAUCAGAACAACACAGUUUGAAUCAAUAGAACACUGUUUUAAUGAUCUUAGAAAUGCACACACAAGGAAAAGGGAAGGAUAGAUAGCAAAAAAGAAGCAUGUGUAGUUUGUUUUGUUUUGCUUUAAGGUUAAUAUUGUAGCUAGCUGCAGUUUAGCUAUCUAUAUAUAUAUAUAUAUAUAAUAGACGCUAAGCUUUUGUGUUUGUGCAGCUCUAAAAUGUUGUGCAUUCAGUUUCAUAUCAGAAAUAUGAAAUAUUUGUAUGAACAUCAUAUUUAACUCUCAUACUCUUUCUGCA